AUGGAAUUAUACAAAGACUUAUACACUACCAAGGUUGUACAGGGAAACCUCAGCGACAACCUUUCAAAAAUCCAGCUUGGAAAGAAGCCCCUUAUAGUCACCACUAGUCACUCAUCUGACAAUUUGGGCAUAAUAAAAACACUCACCGACUUUUUUACAACCCAACAUGUAGUCCCUGUUAUUUACAGAGGGAUCACUCCAAACCCUCUUUACGUCUCUUGUGAAGAGUGCGUCGAUUUAAUUAAAAAAGAGCACUGUGAUUAUGUUGUCGGCAUUGGUGGAGGGUCUGCGGUUGAUGCGGCGAAGUCAGUGUGCAUGAUGGCAAAAGGUGUUGAUGUACUUACUCAAAGUGGAGUUGGACUUCCGUUAGUAUGUAUUCUUACACUCUCUGGAAGUGGUACCGAGGUGACUCCAUACUCAAUUCUUACACUCCCGAACGGAAGCAAGAAAAGUGUGAUGGGGCAUUUAUUCCCAACAGUUUCCAUCAUUGACAAAACAUUCCAAGCGACUAUCCCACCCCUUUACAGAUACUCUCUUAUCGCCGAUAUCAUGUCCCAUUGUGUUGAGUCACUUCUCUCAGUCAAAGCAACACCACAAUCGUCUGCCGCUAGUUUGGACGGGAUGAAGAUGAUCUACAGAGACGUAUCGACUUUUGACAUCACAACAAUUGACACAAUCAAUGCCUCUAUCAUUGGAGGUGCUGCAAUCACAGUCGCAGGAACUUCUGUGCCUCAUGGUUUGGGCUAUUACAUGACAACCAAACACAAUCUACCACAUGGUUUCGCAUGUGCUGUGUUUUCUGAGGCUUUUUUGCGUCUUUGUGAGAAACAAGCAAUAGUCGGCGACAGACUCAGAGAUGCGUGCAAGUCGAUGCACAUCACCUGUUCACAACUUGAGUUAUUUAUGCACACUCUUGUAUCAAAGUAUGGCGAAGUUGUUGUUCAAAAAGACGAACUUGAGGUGAUCUGCAAUGAGUUCUUUGGGACAGGGAAGGACCAUCAACAUCCUGUUCCUCUUGUUCGUGAUGAUGUGCUUGAAAUCAUUAAGAUGUCUGUCAAGUUGGAAUAA